CCUGGCUGGUGCAGAGCCGCGCAGUUUGCGGUCCCAGCCGGCAGCGAGAUGCCAGCGAGCGGAACGUUUGGGCUGCUGCGCCACAGCCGGCUGCUAAGAAGAAACUUCCCAAGUUGCCUGUCUUCAUGGAAAAUUCCUCCACAUGUCCUAAAAUCUUCCCAGUCAGAAGCUCUACUCAAACUAAAGAAUAAUGAACUGUCCUGCGCACCACUGCAGAUGUUUUCAGAUGAAGAGAGGAUGAUGCAGGAAGUCGUUAAGAAAUUUGCCCAGGACCAAGUGGCUCCUUUGGUUUCAACUAUGGAUGAAAACUCAAAAAUGGAAAAGUCAGUAAUACAAGGAUUAUUUCAACAAGGGCUGAUGGGAAUUGAAACGGAUACAAAGUAUGGAGGAACAGGAGCUUCAUUUUUUUCCUCUAUCCUAGUGAUAGAGGAAUUAGCCAAAGUCGAUGCAUCUGUGUCUCUCAUGUGUGACAUCCAGAACACAGUAAUUAACAAGCUGAUUACAAAACAUGGGACAGAAGAGCAGAAGGCCACCUAUUUGCCCAUUCUGGCUUCAGAAAAAAUAGGAAGCUUCUGCCUUUCAGAAGCUGAAGCUGGUAGUGAUUCCUUUGCUUUGAAGACCAGAGCUGAUAAAAAUGGGAGUUACUAUGUGAUCAAUGGGUCAAAGAUGUGGAUCAGCAAUGCUGAAUAUGCAGGACUCUUCCUGGUUUUUGCAAAUGUAGACCCUAGCUUGGGCUAUAGAGGAAUCACUUGCUUCUUAGUAGAUGGUGACACUGAAGGUCUUCACAUUGGGAAACCAGAGAAGAAAAUGGGCAUCAGAGCUUCUUCCACCUGCCCGUUAACCUUCGAAAAUGUCAAGGUUCCAGAAGCCAAUAUACUGGGACAAAUCGGGCAUGGCUAUAAGUACGCAAUAGGAAGUCUUAAUGAAGGAAGAAUAGGAAUUGCUGCUCAGAUGCUGGGGCUGGCCCAAGGAUGUUUUGACUACACCAUUCCAUAUAUUAAAGAAAGGAUACAAUUUGGCAAAAGAGUAUUUGAUUUUCAGGGGCUCCAACAUCAGGUGGCACACAUGGCUACCCAGCUGGAAGCUGCGAGGCUGCUCACAUACAACGCGGCCCGGCUCGUCGAAGCUGGGAAGCCGUUCAUAAAAGAAGCUUCUAUGGCCAAGUACUUUGCCUCAGAGAUUUCAGGGAUAACAGCAAGUAAAUGCAUCGAGUGGAUGGGAGGAGUCGGCUACACCAAGAAUUACCCUGUGGAAAAGUUCUUCCGAGAUUCAAAGAUCGGUACCAUAUACGAAGGAACUUCCAAUAUCCAACUGAACACCAUUGCAAAACACAUUGAUGCAGCUUAUUGACACCCAUCGAGUUGAGCUCCUUCCUGGUCACUGAUUCGCCAUUGCAGACUACUGUGCCUUCUGAGGGAGUGGGCUUCUACAAUACCAGAGGGCCCUGAACCUCAGGCAUGUCUUUUGCUUUUUCCUCCUUUCAGUGCUUAAUUUAAGCACAAGAGAUAAUUUCUAAUACCGGAAAACAAAUAUGCUCAUAUUUUCUCUAAAACUUUAAAAUUUUGCACAGAUUUAUAUUAUCAUCCUAAAUUUCAGAGAAUAUGGAGUUUCAGCCUUUUGGAAAAUGAAAACAUCUGAAGUAUUACAGAAAUGGUUACUUUAUAUUACCAUUAAAUCUUGAUAUUGUAUCAUCAGUCAGAGAAGCAUUGGUUAUCAUGAGCAGUUUCUAUUUAAUACUUUACAGAUUCAGUUGUAAGUUGCUAAAUGAGGUAUAAACUGAUAAAGGAACUGAUUUGGAAAAAUCUUAAACAUCUAGUUCUCAAUAUCAGGGAAUGAGCAGAAAAUAAGAAUAUAACUUUAUAGGUCAUCUAAUUGGCACAGAUACAAAACGAAAUAACAACCACCAAAAAGAAAACUUGAUUUUAACCAAGUAAAGCAGUAGUAUAGUGCUAUCAUUGAUCUGCAUUUUCAUGGCUGUUUUGGCAGUCAUUUUAAAACCCGUCUCUACCUUAGUUUUCAACUAUAAAUAAUUUGGUUUGAUCAGAAAAUAUUUGAACAUUAUAGUAUUUAUCCAAUCAUGCAUUAUUUGUAAAUAGUAUGAUCUCUGUGUUUUAACUGAAUAAAUUUUUUCUCAAACUUG